UCCUCUUCCCCGUUUUCCUCACAUUCAUCACAGAAAUUGGUAAAAAAAGCCCUAUUGUUUCAAUCACUCUCUCAAAAUCUGUCAGUUUCUCUUCAAUUUCCUCUGAAAAUAUGCAGAUCUUCGUGAAAACACUAACCGGCAAGACCAUCACUCUCGAGGUCGAGAGCUCCGACACCAUCGACAACGUCAAGGCCAAGAUCCAGGACAAGGAAGGAAUCCCGCCGGACCAGCAGCGUCUGAUCUUCGCCGGAAAACAGCUCGAAGACGGCCGAACCCUCGCCGACUAUAACAUCCAGAAGGAGUCCACUCUCCAUCUGGUGCUUCGUCUUCGCGGCGGUAUGCAGAUCUUCGUCAAAACCCUCACCGGCAAGACUAUAACCCUAGAAGUCGAGAGCUCCGACACGAUCGACAACGUCAAAGCCAAGAUCCAGGAUAAGGAAGGAAUUCCGCCGGAUCAGCAGAGGCUGAUCUUCGCCGGCAAGCAGUUGGAGGACGGCCGAACCCUAGCCGAUUACAAUAUCCAGAAGGAGUCAACGCUCCAUCUGGUGCUCAGGCUUCGCGGCGGUAUGCAGAUCUUCGUCAAGACCCUCACCGGCAAGACGAUCACGCUUGAGGUGGAGAGUUCCGACACCAUCGACAACGUGAAGGCCAAGAUCCAAGACAAGGAAGGAAUUCCUCCCGAUCAGCAAAGGCUGAUCUUCGCCGGAAAGCAGCUGGAGGACGGUCGUACCCUCGCCGAUUACAAUAUCCAGAAGGAGAGCACUCUCCAUCUGGUCCUUCGUCUUCGCGGAGGUAUGCAGAUCUUUGUGAAAACCCUAACAGGCAAGACCGUAACCCUAGAAGUUGAAAGCUCCGACACCAUCGACAACGUGAAGGCCAAGAUCCAGGACAAGGAAGGAAUCCCGCCGGACCAGCAGAGGCUUAUCUUCGCCGGGAAGCAGCUCGAGGACGGUCGCACCCUCGCCGAUUAUAAUAUCCAGAAGGAGAGCACUCUCCAUCUUGUUCUUCGGCUUCGUGGAGGGAUGCAGAUCUUUGUGAAAACCCUCACCGGCAAGACGAUCACCCUCGAGGUCGAGAGCUCGGACACGAUCGACAACGUUAAGGCCAAGAUCCAGGACAAGGAGGGGAUUCCUCCGGACCAGCAGCGUCUGAUCUUCGCCGGAAAGCAGCUCGAGGACGGGCGCACCCUCGCCGACUACAAUAUCCAGAAGGAGAGCACUCUCCAUCUGGUGCUUCGUCUUCGUGGAGGGAUGCAGAUCUUCGUCAAGACCCUCACCGGCAAGACGAUCACCCUCGAGGUUGAGAGCUCUGAUACGAUCGACAACGUGAAGGCGAAGAUUCAGGACAAGGAGGGCAUUCCCCCGGACCAGCAGCGUCUCAUCUUUGCAGGGAAGCAGUUGGAGGAUGGUCGCACUCUUGCUGAUUACAAUAUUCAGAAGGAGUCUACCCUCCACCUUGUCCUCCGUCUCCGUGGUGGGGCUUUCUGAAAAAGUUUUAUGUUCUCUGUUAAUAUGGUUCGAUGUGGACCAUAAAAAAAGAA